UACAGACUGUAACUUCGUGCCACUAAAGUUCAAAACACCCGACGCCAUUGCUUCGGUGUGCCAAUCAAAGUCAGCCCACCCAUUGCUGUCUUAAGCAGUCUGUGUGGUACUAUAUCUGUUUGAGCUCUCGGCUGAGCAUGUUGUCAGAAUGACUUCUAUUUAAUUACGCCGAUAAACUAGUAAAAAGUUUUCCAAACAUCUUCAAAGGUAGCUCGCUAGCUUUUAGAAGUUAGUUUAGGACUCAAACGUCGUCAGGCUGGAGCUGUCGGAUCCAAAAAACUGGUGGAGUGGCGGAAAGUCGAGGAGGCACAAUAAACAGCACUCUCGAGGGGCAAAGAUGUCCCGAGAGAACCACGAUGAGAGUGUGGACCACGCUGCCCCCUUCCAGGACAUCUGUGAAGUGGAGCCCCCCGACCAGGAGUGCUGCAAGCUAGUCACCAUCAACAUUUCGGGUCUGCGUUUUGAAACUCAACUUAAAACCCUCGCAAGGUUCCCCAACACGUUACUAGGAGACCCAAUUAAAAGGAUGCGGUUCUACGACCCGCUGAGGAACGAGUUCUUCUUCGACAGGAACCGACCCAGUUUUGAUGCCAUCCUGUACUACUAUCAGUCCGGCGGGAGGCUUCGAAGACCCAUCAACGUGCCGGUUGAGAUCUUUAUGGAUGAAAUAAAAUUUUACGAAAUUGGAGAUGAGGUAAUCGACCGUUUCCGAGAGGACGAGGGUUUGUUAAAAGAAGACGAGCGUCCGGUUCCGGCCAGUGAGUUUAAGCGUCAGAUCUGGCUGCUCUUUGAGUAUCCCGACAGCUCUGGUCCGGCCAGAAUGAUCGCUAUAGUAUCUGUCAUGAUCAUCCUGAUAUCCAUUGUGAUCUUCUGUUUAGAAACUUUGCCGGAAUUUAGAGAGGACGACCGUGUGUUCAACAACCACCUUGCGCCGAACGGAACGACUACUGGAAAAAAAUCCAGUAUCUUCACGGACCCGUUCUUCUUGCUGGAGACCAUCUGCAUCAUUUGGUUUUCCUUCGAGCUGUUUGUGCGGUUUCUUGCAUGCCCGAGCAAACCCGCCUUCUUCAGGGACAUCAUGAACAUCAUAGAUAUCGUUGCUAUUCUUCCAUAUUUCAUUACUUUGGGUUUGGACCUAAGCGAAGUCCAGUCAAACUCUCAGCAGACCACGUCUCUCGCCAUACUGAGAGUUAUCCGCUUGGUGCGCGUCUUCAGGAUUUUCAAACUCUCCCGGCACUCCAAGGGUCUCCAAAUUCUCGGUCAGACUUUACGAGCGAGUAUGCGAGAACUUGGACUGCUCAUAUUUUUCCUUAUCAUUGGCAUUAUAUUGUUCUCCAGUGCGGUGUACUUCGCAGAAGUGGACGACCCGGAAUCGUCUUUUACCAGCAUCCCAGACGCGUUCUGGUGGGCGGUUGUUUCCAUGACUACUGUCGGAUAUGGCGACAUGUACCCAGUGACGAUAGGAGGCAAAAUAGUUGGAUCGAUGUGUGCCAUUGCCGGAGUUCUUACCAUCGCCCUCCCGGUACCAGUGAUAGUGUCGAAUUUUAAUUACUUCUAUCACAGAGAGCACACCGAAGAGGAGCAGGUGGAAUAUACGCACGUAACUUUCGGUCGCCAGUUGCCCGUCGCAUGUGACAUAAACAAAAGCGACAGCAAACCCUCGCUCGCGAAAUCGGAGCAUUCAGACGACGACGACGGGAAUUCAAUAAGCGUGUUGAAUUUCAAUCCAUCAGAGGAAUAUACGGGCAAGCUCACUGAUGUAUAGGAACACCAAAAACACCGCAGGCGCAUCAGUGAAGCAGCAGCCGUAUGAAGACAUUUCUUCUCUAAAAAAAAGAAGACAGAAGUUCAUGUCACCUGCAUAAUCAUGCCAUGUGUGUGUAUUUUUGUCAGUAGCGGUCCGCCAGAGGAGAACUAACUUCAAUGUACCCAUCAAUGUGCUUAAUGCGUAUGAUAAUAUAUUUGUAUUACGCGAAAGCACUUACUGUUUUUAAUCGGAGCACAGACCAAUCAGAGCAUUUUCGCCAAAAUGCGAAACAAGGCUAAUGGAGUUCGCUUCCUUCCGCAAAUAGAGAGACAUGCGUGUAAACCAAUCAGAUUUCAGUAUCGUGAUGUUGCGUCAUCAAGCCUGCCCGUCAGAUAACAGGUGAACAGGAGCCAAAAUAUCAAUUAAAUGCUAAAUAAAAAUACCUACCAAAAAGAAGGAGCGUAUCAUUGAAUUAUUGCUUGAAAGAACGAGCCCUGAUCUAUGUAAAAAAAAAUAAAAUAAAAAAAAAGUUUAAAAUGUAAAUGUAUGUAUAUUUGAAGUAAGCUAUAUGUGCACAUCUGUAUAUGGCGCUGCAAUUUUUUCGUUUAUUAUCGCGAUUAUAAUGCUAUUAUCAAUGUUAUUUUUUAUAUCAAAUGUAUCAUUUGUGUACAUAAGCAAAAUUAUCAGCAUGUAGGCUAUAUAUAUAUUGGUUCAUUGAUUAGUAUUACUUUACAAAUCAGCCUCUCAAAAAAAUCCUCACAGGCCGCUAUUGAUUUUUGUAAUAAUGUAUUAUUGUACUAUAGUUGUAAUCUAGAACUAAUUAGCAUAUUCUUUAUAAAAUGUUUUAAGCUUUUGUGCCAUUGCCUUGUAAGAUAUUGUUAUUUAAAAUAUCUCGAUAAUCUCUGCCUUGUGUAAGAUGGGUGUUUCGAACAUGCGAGAGUUGUUCUUUACAUAUGUUGCCACUUCUCAGGAUAAAAUAUAAUACGGUCUGACCCUCGUGUUACCUUAACAUCUUGGCAAGUUAACCUGCCCACAUGACAGCUGCAGACCACAAGCAAGCUAUUUUUGUUACAUGUCAAUGAGGUAUGAAUUGUUAACUUAUUUUUGAUAAAUAAAUAUUUUGUCACAUUCAUAA